AUGGGGAAUAAAAUGGUAGAAAACUCUGCAUUUUAUCAUAGGACUGCUUAUAAUGCCUGCGUUUCUUUUCUUCUAACGGUGUUAUUUCUCUCUCUCUCUCUCUCUCUCGCUCUCUCUCUUUCUCUCUCACUAGUUUUUUCUUUAUUUUUUCUGUCUCUUUUCUUUCUUUUAUCUCAUUCUCUCUCUCUCUCUCUCUCUCUCUCAUACAUUUUGUCAUUAUCACUUGCAUUUUCCCUCCUCUUUUCUCUCUAUUAUCGUUAUCAGUAUUUGUUCAAUGUCUCAUUUUUUUUUCUUUUCGUUCUUUCUUUUCUUCUCUUUUUUUAUCUCGUUCGCUUUCUUUUUCUUUUCUUUGUUUUAGGUCUUUCUUUCAUUAUUUUUUUCUCUUUGCCAAUCUUCUACCUUUCUCUCUUAUUCCCCCUUCUCUCAGUUUCCUAUCUCUCUCUCACAUACACACUCUUCACAUUUUGUUCUCUUACUUUCUCUAUCUUCUUUCUUUCUCUUUCCCCCCCUCUCUCUCUCACUCUCUCUCUCUCUCUCUCUCUCUCUCUGACCGUCUUCUCUUGUUUCCUUUUCUUUCUGCUUAAAAACGUGAUUAUCGCUCAAUUCUCAGACACUCUCUCUACAUUCUGUUUACUUCUUCUUGCUCUCUUCUUUCUCCCUCUGUUUCCUGUCCUCUUUCACUUUAUAUCUCAUUUCGCUUUUAUCUUUAGUCGUCGUACUGCCAUAUUCUAA